CCGGUGACCGGACCACCCCUAUACGCGGCCGCCGCUGAGGCUGAGGGCGGCCCGGGCCCAGCGCGGCCCCGCCCGCAGCCGCCGCCGUUGCUGCGAUACGGCGGCGGCUGCGAGAGCGGCCUGGGCAGCGCCGCGGGCCCGGGCCGCCACAGCCCCGGCACCGGCACCGGCACCGGCACCGGCACCGGCACCGAGCCCGCCGCCUCACCCGACGGCAGCAUGGCUGAGGAAGAGACUGACAAUCCAUAUAUAGAAGAAAGUGCCUUUGAAGCACUGGAAAAAGACUCCCAGGAAUUCAUCAGUAUACUGAACAGAGAUGAAGCUCUGGAAAAAUUCCGUGUCGAAUAUGAGAAGCUCCUUGCUGUUAUGAAGAAGUCUCGUGAAAAUGAAAAGCACCUCAUGGAGAAAUGCAGGAAGCUGAGUGCUGAGCUGGUGGAGAAGUCAUCUAAAGUAGCUGUGCUCACCAAACUCACUCAUGAUGAUGGGGAAACUAUAUCAUCAUUGAAAUCGGAGCUUGAAAAGGCCUGGAAAAUGGUGGAUAAAGCCUAUGAAAGGGAACAGAAAACUAAGGAAACAAUUAACUCACUGAAGAAAGAAAUUUCACACCUAAAUAAUUUAAUGAAGGAAAGAGCUGGACAUGAGUACAAUGUUGAGGAUUUGCUAAGACUUCAAGAAGAGGUAACAGAAGAGCGAGACCAACUGUUAUCAGAAGUUGUGAAGUUGCGUCAAAGUCUCACUGAGAUCACAGAGCAGCAACAGGAAACAGAAAAGGCAAAAAAUGAAGCAGAGCAAUCCGUUUUGCAGCUUCAACAAGACAUCCAGCUGCGUCAAAGCGAGGAAUUACGAGAGGCACGAAAGAAAGAAAAAAUGGAGACUGAGCUGAAAAAUCUUCUAGCUGAAAUGGAUAACAAGCAAGCUGAGGUCCAGAAGUUACAGCAACAAAUAGAGAACAACAAAGAGGAACAACUGAAAAUAGAAAAUAAUCUUAGAGAGCAGAAGACCUUGAAUGAAAAAGCUGGUAAGGAACUUGAGCAAUUGAAGAUGAAAUAUCAAAAGCUCACACAAGAGAGUGAGCAGCAGAGUGCAAUGCUUGAUGAUGUGAUGAAGGACAUUGGUCAGAAGACCACACAACUGAAAGAGUUAGAGGAUGAAACAGCUCAGAUGAGCCUUGAAAUUUCAAAGCUGAGCAAAAUGAGAGAUGUUCUCCAGAGUAAGCUGCGUACUGCAGAGGAACACAAAGUUGAUGCAGAACAUGAAAAAAGCAUUCUAAAAAAUCAAAUAAUCAGACUGGAGAAAGAGUUGGAGACAGGCAAAAAGCAGGCAGAGACUGACAAGAGAGCCAUAGAUGGGCUUGUGAGGGAAAGGGAUAUGCUAAACCAGAACUUGAUCAAGGCUGCAAAUACUACUCAGAAGCAGAUAGAUUUGAUGAAGCUCCAUGAACAGUCAAAACAGAACUUGGAGUCAGAAAUCCAAAAUUAUAAGAUAGAAGCUCAGAAACAAAGGAAGAUUAUUUACCAAUUGGAGAAGGAGAGAGAGAAUUUCAUCAAGGAAAUGAGCGAGCUCAAAGAGAAGGUCCUCAGUCACAUGAAAGAUCUUGAAAUGCAUCAAAUUCAGAUCUCCAACUAUGAGAAGGAAAUAGAAAUGCAAGUAAUUAAAUUGAAACAGCAACAAAACCUUUGUGAAACUCUGAGAACAGAGAGGACCCUGUACAGUAAAAAUCUGAUUGAAGCUAAGGAUGAGAUAGCAGAAAUGAUGACGAAACUGAAAGCUUCCACACGUCAGGUGGAUCAGCUGAAAGAGGAGAUCAAAGAAAAGGAUAUAGCCCUUGAGAAAGCACAAGUGGAAUUCCAGCAGUCAGAGGACGAGAGAAAGUCCAUGAAAGCUGAACUGCUAAAGAUGACAACACAGGCUCAGGAAGCCAAAGCCUAUAUUAAAAAUCAGGAGGCAGAAGAGAAAAAACUCCUAAAAAUCAUUGCUGAAGCUGAUGCAGAGAGACUGAAGCAGAAGAAGGAAUUUGACAAGGUGCUCUGUGAGAGACAUGCCCUGGGCACCCAGCUCAUGCACCGCAAUGAGGAGGUGGCGCUGCUCUAUGAGAAGAUCAAGAUCCAGCAGGCCAUCCUAAACAGGGGCGAGAGCGACUACCGGCAGCGGGUGGAAGACUUGCGGCUUCUCAAGCUGGAGAUCAAGAAACUUCGGCGUGAGAAGGGAGUACUUGGCAAGAGUGUGGCUAAUGUGCAGGAGCUCAGAUGGGAGUUUAAUCACAUGCAGAAGGAGCUGUUAAGGGAACAGACUCGGUGCAAAAUUUUGGAAGAAGAACUGCAGAAACCCUUGCAAGUUCACAGAUGGAGAAAAUUAGAGGCCAGUGACCCCACUACCUAUGAGCUGAUUCUGAAAGUGCAGAGACUACAGAAGCGACUUAUCAGCAAGACAGGUGAAGUGAUAGAGAAAGAAUUUCUCCUUCAGGAAAAGGAGAAGCUGUAUGUGGAGCUGAGGCACGUACUGGCCCGGCAGCCUGGGCCCGAGGCCACGGAGCAGCUGCAGCAGUACCGGAACAUCCUCCGCGAGAAGACCAAGCAGAUCAAAGCUUUGUCCUCAGAACUGAGCAUGUGUGAAACGCAGAGCAAAGAAUACAAAAAUGAAAUUGAAAGACUUAACAAUGAGCUUCUGGAAGUGAAAAAGAAAUAUCUUUCUCAGAAACGCAAGGAGCAACAGAAGAAGGAGAAGGAGCAAUCCAGCAUUGAUAUGAGGACAAGAUUACCACCCCUCAGGACUGAUGUACCUCACUUCAACACAGGGGGCUUUCCUUCAAGCAAAUCCAUUCCCAAAAUUGCAGUCUAGGAAUGCACUCAUCUAGUUGCCUUUCUGUUCCCAGUUUCGUGUUUGAGAAACUGUGAGAAUCUACUGAAAUCACUGUAUCACCUUCAGGAAAAAAUUGUACAUUGUAUAUAAUAAAACACAUUUUUACACUGGAAUUGCAUUUUAUAUUGCAUGUACAUAUUUUACAUUUUAUAUUGGAAUUAACAUAGUUCUUUUUACAAACUGUGUACCAAAUCUGCCCAUUUGAUGCCAGCAGAUGCCUGCACGGAUGUAAAUGGAUAGUGGAGAUAGUUAUUCUUCAAUAUUGUGUCUCUAUUUAGCACUGUAACACCACAAAAUGCCUUAAUAUGUAGUUAUUUCUAUGGAGCACACACUCCAUUUAUCUUCUGACUCAAAACACCUGAAAGAAAUGAGAAUACAGAAAAGAAGAAAAAUUAAUAGGCUGAUGUUUCAAGCCCUGCUGAGCAAAUGCAAAAUUAACAAGUUUUUCCUUGGAUGUACAUAUGUAGCAGUUCUCUGUGUAGGUAGUGUAUAAUAGGGUUUAUGCAGUGUUUGCUACAGUUGUUAGGAAGAUCAAGGCAGUUUGUGGCCACGAUGUACAUUAUUAAGAGCAUCAUUGUGUUUACUCUGGUAGAUAAAAAGUGACAUAAUUAUGUCUGUUCAAUUUGGGGGGACUGUGCACACUUGCUGGGACAUGCUGUUCUGCCACACAAAUUCUUUUGAGUGAUUAAAACUUGGACUCAAAACAUGGCAAACUUUAUGCUUUAAUUUCUAGACACUUGGGCAUUUUUGUAACUUUUAGAAAUUGUUUUUGUAAUACAGCAGGAGCUCUCCAACCUUUUCAGCCAAAAGAGAUUUAAUUACCAUUCAUUAACAAGUGAAAUAACAAAGUCACGGCAUGAGGUGCUGAAGUAUAUAAAACUUUCAAGCUGUAAAAUAAAAUGUUUUGAAACCGA